AUGCCUUUCGCCACCGACAUCCUCACAGACCCCUCACUCCCAGCCUAUGUGCGCCAGCAAGCUCUAGACCGCAUCCACGCAGACCCAGGAAUCCCCAAGAACUCCACAACCUCCUCCUUCUGGAUCCAACCAAAGCACGACUUCAGCCAAACCUCCUCAAAGCCCCUCCCCACCGAAACAGACAUCGUCAUCAUCGGAUCAGGAAUCACAGGCGCAUCCAUCGCACGCACAAUUCUGCAAGCCCGCAAGCCGCAAGCUGAAUAUUCAAAUCCAGCGGUAGUGCUACUCGAAGCGCGGACAGUCUGCAGCGGAGCCACGGGGCGCAAUGGAGGUCAUAUCCUCGAGACGGCAGAUGAAUAUGCCGAGUUUGCUGAUCAAUUCGGCAUUGAUGAUGCGCGGAAGCUUCUCAAAUUCAGACUGGCGCAUUUGAAUGAGAUGCUUGCUGUUGCUGAAGAAUUGGGGAUCAAGGAGGAGGCUCAGGCGCGCAAAGUGCAGUUUUUGAGUGCUUAUUUUUCGGACGAUACGUGGAAGGAGGCGUUGGAGAGAAUGCGUCGCUUUAAGGAGGGUAUGCCGAAAGAGGCUGCUGAGUGGACUUCUUAUGAGGGCGAUGAUAUUCCAAAGGAGUUCUGCCUCGCUCGCGCCAGAGGCAUAGUCGCCGGUCCUGCGGGUGCUCUGUGGCCCUACAAGUUCGUGACUGGGAUCUUGUCACGCCUGACAGCCGACUUUCCAAACGACUUCCGCAUCGACGAAAACACACCUGUAACUGCCAUUGAGGAAGAUACAUCCAGCGUUUCCCCACGCUACAAAGUCCAAACUAGCCGUGGCACUAUCCUCGCCCGACACGUCCUUCAUUGUACAAAUGCACACGUUGCCCAUCUAGUCCCCGGUCUCCGCGGACGCAUAAUCCCAGUCCGGGGCCAGAUGUCCGCCCAAACCCCGGGCGACCAAUUCCCCUGCCAAGCAAGCAAGCAUUCCUGGCUGUUCAACUAUGACCGCGGAUUCGACUAUCUGACCCAAUUACCCGAGGGACAGAUGAUGCUCGGCGGGGGAUUUGCAAAGAGCGAAAAUGGCGGGUUAUCUGAUCUUGGGGUUUCAACGGACUCGGAAAUGAGUCUUGAUAUUGAUAUUCACCUUUCGGGCUGCUUGAGCGCUGUCUUUGGGCGGAAGGACUGGGGCCGUGUACAGGGUGACCCUAUUCAGGCUAUGUGGACGGGGAAUAUGGCUUUCAGCUCGGAUUCUUUUCCUUGGGUGGGACGGCUGCCUGGGGCUGUUACUGACCGUGCGGAUCAUGGUGAUCAGGGCUCUGAGUGGGUUUGUGCUGCUUUUGGUGGUGAGGGCAUGGUUCAGGCUUGGCUUUGUGGGAAGGCGCUUGCCAUUAUGUUGCUUGAGCGGGACGGUGUGUUGGUUGGCGGUGCUGCUGAUCUUUCGUGGUUCCCUGAGCAGUUGCGUGUCUCUGGGAAGCGGUUUGGUGUUACGGAGUUGCCCAAGGAGGCUGUUUUGGAGCGUCAGCGGGCUACGUUAUAG